AGAGAAUUAGAAUCGAUCAUAUGGCAUCUAGAGGUGAAUUAGGCCGAUCGAUGAUGUGGUUGGUGGUCAUCUUAGUUGGUUCGUUUUGCUUGAACCAUGUUCGAGCCGACUUCACAACCGACACGACUUUCAAUUUUGGAUCCCAUCAAUCUUCAAUUCUCAACAAUGGAUCUGACCUACAACUUGUCCUCACCAAUUCUUCGGGUGGGGGCAUUCAAUCAAAGAACCAAUACUUGUUUGGCAGCUUUGAAGUAUCGAUCAAAUUAAUUCGAGGAAACUCAGCUGGAACUGUCACAACAUUCUACCUAUCUUCUAUCGGAAAUAAUCAUGAUGAAAUCGACUUCGAGUUCUUGGGAAACGAAACGGGACAACCUUAUACUAUCCAUACAAAUAUAUUUGUCAAAGGAGUGGGCAAUAAAGAACAACAAUUCCGCCUUUGGUUCGACCCAACUUCUAGCUUUCACAACUACACCAUUCAUUGGAAUCCUUCGGAAGUUGUGUGGUACGUGGAUAACUUUCCAAUUCGAGUAUUCAGGAACUACGAAAACCAAAAUAAAAAUAUCACUUAUGCCAACAAGCAGCCAAUGCGAGUUUACGCUAGCUUAUGGAAUGCUGACGAUUGGGCGACUCAAGGUGGACGUAUCAAGACUAACUGGACACUAGCCCCGUUUGUUGUCAAGUAUCGCGGGUUCAAACCAAGUGCAUGUGUGUGGACAGGAGUUGCGAGUAUUAGCCAAUGCGCUAAGAACAUCCCCGCAAAUUGGUGGGCAUCUCCAGCUUAUAGCCAAUUGAGCACUGCCCAAAAGAACAAGAUGACAUGGGUGAAGAACAAUUACAAGUUCUAUGACUAUUGCAAUGACAUCAACCGUUUUCAAAGGAAAAUGCCUGCAGAGUGUUCCUUGCCUCAAUUCUAAGGGAUUUCUUUUUAAUAUCUUCAAGUUUUUUUUCUCACAAUUUACCUUUCCACCUUCAUUCAUUUUAUA